CAGUUCGUCGGUAUCAACCGUCGACAUUGGUUUGUGCUCUCUGCCUUCUUAUUCAAAGCUACGUUAUAACUACACUAGUGUAAGUCUAGCGCAAACUCUAUACACCUUAAAAGAAGAAAUAACAACCUUCUUGAAAACUUCUUCUUGCAAUCAAAGACGACGCACGACGAGACGGACGGACGCAUAGUUUUUAGAAAGCUCGUCAAGAAAGUCUCAUUUGUACGACGACACCGUUCGCUCUCGGUAAACUCUUUAGAUGUACAUUUAUACUGUCAAUUCAUAAAUCGGACACGGAAACUAAGGUGUCAUUUUUUCGAUUUCCUGUUUCCUUUCAAAAAUUGUGACAGGUGGUCCUGUUCGUUUAUUUGAUAUUUUUGUUUGUUUGGUUUUUCAAGUGAUUUCUUGUUGUGUCAUUUUCUUUGUAAAUAAUUUUCUGAUUAUCAAAUGAAAUCCAUGCAGUGUUUGUUUUUAUUUACUUGAACUGUUCAACCGAAAAACAGCUUUCAAAAACCAAAAUACCCGAUUAAUUGUGUCUGUUUUGUGAGUAAUCGUUUUGUUUAAAUCGUAGGUCAACAAAACUUUUUUUUAAAAAAAAGUAACAACAAUUCAACAUUAUAUCGAGCGAUCACAGAGGUUGUAAGAUGACAAGCGGUAUGCAGACAGUAAUAACAAAUCCGAACUGGUGGAAGCGCCGUUCAACUCUAGAAAGAUGCCUGACACUGCUUUGUGUUUUCGCAUUGGCAACUAUUAUCGGACUUGUUAUUGGAUUAGUUUCAGUGAUUUUGUCAAAUCAAAUGACAAAAGAUUCUGCAAACGCCCCUGAGGCCCUACAAGUUCCAGAUAGACCAGUGACCAAACCAACAGAAUCGUCAACUAAAAAAGAUGAAAUUUGUUUGUUACCCGAAUGUAUUCACACUGCUUCGAAUAUUUUAGAUGCUAUUGAUCCAACUGUAGAACCGUGUGAUGAUUUUUAUCAAUUCGCAUGUGGAAACUUUAUACGUACAAAAACGAUACCCGAAGAUAAGGUGUCCAUUAGUAGUUUUUCAGACAUCAAUGACAAACUACAGGAACAACUAAAAGCAUUGAUUGAAGAUGAACGUGACGAAAGUUCACCAAAACAUUUCCAACUUCCCAAUAAGUUGUACAAGGCAUGCAUGAAUAAAACUCUUAUUGAGGAGCUUGGUUCAAGUCCGAUUGCAAAUAUUUCUGAAAGCCUAGGUGGAUGGCCAGUUAUUAAGGGGGAAUCUUGGAAUUCCGAUAACGCAUGGACAUGGCAAGAAACAGUAAGAAAGUUCCGUAAUCUUGGUUUCAGCAUGGAUUACAUAUUGGACUUCUCCAUUGGUGUUGAUCUUAAGAACUCUACAAAACGUCUGAUAGACAUUGACCAAUCGGCAAUUGGCUUAAGUCGUGAAUUCCUUGUGAAGGGCUUAAAUGACACUCUGGUUCUGGCUUAUUUUGACUAUAUGGUUGAUAUAGCUGUGAUCUUCGGGGCUGAUAGAGAUGUUGCAUUGAAGGAACUCGGGGAAUCUCUACAAUUUGAAAUCGAUUUGGCUAAUAUUUCUUGGCCAAACGAGAAACGUCGUAAUUCUUCGGCUUUAUAUAAUUUGAGAACUGUUGGAGACCUCGAUAAAAGUUAUCCUUAUAUUGGCAGUUGGAAAGAUUAUAUUAAUGCACUUCUUCCAAAAAACCUUCAAAUUGACGAAGAUGAACCUAUCAACGUUUCAGUGCCCAGUUUCUUUGAUGAUCUCGGACCAUUACUGGCAAAAACUCCAAAACGAACAAUUUGUAAUUAUAUGAUGUGGAGAAUUCAUGCGUUCUCGAUUUCAUUUUUGUCAGAGGAGUUUAGAAAACGUCAGUUGGAAUAUGCAACUGCACUGUCGGGACGUCAGGAACAAGAAGCACGCUGGAAGGAAUGUGUUGACAUCACUGGUGGAAGCUUGGCCAUAUCGAUUGGUUCGCUCUAUGUUCGAAGAUAUUUCAAAGAAAAUGCCAAACACAUCGCACUUGAAAUGGUCGAGAAUAUAAGAAGCGUUUUCUCUGGAAUUCUUACCCAAGUCGACUGGAUGGAUGAGCAAACAAGAAAAUCAGCUUUGGAAAAACUCAGCUCAAUGACAACUCACAUUGGUUAUCCCGAUGAGAUUAUCGAUGAUGCUAAAUUAAGUGAAUAUUACGAUAGUUUGGAUAUUGACUCAAGCAAGUAUUUCGAAUCGUUCCUUAAAAUGAACGUUUUCGGAACAGAUAAGUCAUUUAACAAACUGCGUUUGCCCGUCAACAAAACUGAUUGGGUACGUCAUGCUAGGCCAGCCGUUGUAAACGCUUUCUAUUCAUCAUUGGAAAACAGUAUACAAUUCCCCGCUGGUAUCUUGCAAGGACAAUUUUUCCAUGCCGAACGACCAAAAUACAUGAAUUAUGGAGCGAUUGGUUACGUUAUUGGACAUGAAAUAACUCAUGGCUUCGAUGAUCAAGGAAGACAAUUCGAUGUGCAUGGCAAUUUGGUAGAUUGGUGGCAGGAAAAUACAAAGGAAGCCUACUUAUCCAAAGCUAAAUGCAUAAUUGAACAAUACGGAAAUUACACCGAAAAAUCGACCGGAUUAAAUUUGAAUGGCAUUAAUACCCAAGGUGAGAACAUAGCUGACAAUGGUGGAAUAAAGGAGUCAUACCUUGCCUACAGGAAAUGGGCCCAGAAGAAUGGCCCAGAGCCCAAGUUACCUGGAUUAGAUUUCAAACCAGAGCAAAUGUUUUGGUUAUCUGCUGCACAAACUUGGUGCUCCAAACAAAGAAAAGAAUCAUUGAAAAUGCGCAUCACAACUGGUGUUCAUUCACCAUCUGAGUUCCGAGUUCUUGGGCCUAUUAGUAAUAUGCAAGAUUUCGCCAAAGACUUCCAAUGCCCUGAAGGAUCGCCAAUGAAUCCUGUUAAGAAAUGUGAGGUCUGGUAGGCCAUGAUGUAUUAUAUUUGUUUUUAUUAUACAUACAUUAUACAAAUGCAAGUUAAUAGGUUUAUUAUUUUAUGUUAAGUACUUGUUUUCUUUUUUUUUCUAAUUAACUUAUUUUGUAAAUAAUUUAAUUCUUCAUAAUAAACUCAAAUAAAUAAAAAAAAUAUACAUAAAAAUAACAAA